CGGCUCCGCUGCCCCACGGUCGGCCGCACUCCGCAGCACAACAAUGCUCAAAAACACGCCGUAACUCGAAGAACAUACGCGGCGCGACCGGCGAUGCUCCAGGAUCGGACGGCACGCGUGGCCGUCGGCGAGCGGUCGUGAACAAAAGUUCGAUUUAUGAAAACCGUAGAAGAAUUUAAUUUUGAGCUCAUAUUUGAUAGAUUCUAAUAGGCGGGAGUGCGGAUCGGGAGGCGGGGGUCGGUGUCGCGCGGGCCGAGGCGGGCGAUGGCGCGGCGCGGGGCGGCGGCGGUGGCGGCGCGCGGCGCGUCGCAGCGCUGACAUGGGGUGGCGGGCGCGCCGCUCGCUGUUGGCGGCGCCCGCAGGCCUGCUGCUGCUGCUGGGCCUGCUGUGGCCGAGGGAGGCGAGCGGCGGCUACCACGAGAAGCGGCUGCUGCACCACCUGCUGGACCACUACAACGUGCUGGAGAGGCCCGUGGUCAACGAGAGCGACCCGCUGCAGCUCUCCUUCGGCCUCACGCUCAUGCAGAUCAUUGACGUGGAUGAAAAGAACCAGCUAUUAAUAACAAACAUCUGGCUUAAACUUGAAUGGAACGAUAUGAAUUUGAGAUGGAACACUUCGGAUUUCGGCGGGGUCAAAGACUUGCGAGUACCACCACACAGAUUAUGGAAACCAGACGUCCUUAUGUACAACAGCGCGGACGAAGGGUUCGACAGUACGUACCCGACCAAUGUGGUGGUUCGCAACAACGGGUCGUGUCUGUACGUGCCGCCCGGCAUCUUCAAGAGCACGUGCAAGAUCGACAUCACGUGGUUCCCCUUCGAUGACCAACGCUGCGAGAUGAAGUUUGGCAGCUGGACCUAUGGUGGAUAUCAAUUGGACCUUCAAUUACAAGACGAAGAGGGAGGAGAUAUUAGCAGUUUUGUCACGAAUGGCGAAUGGGAACUUAUAGGCGUACCUGGCAAGCGCAACGAAAUAUACUACAACUGUUGCCCGGAGCCCUACAUCGACAUAACGUUCGCGGUGGUUAUCCGCCGAAAGACGCUUUACUACUUCUUCAAUCUGAUCGUGCCCUGCGUGCUCAUUGCUUCCAUGGCUCUGUUGGGUUUCACCUUACCACCAGAUUCUGGCGAGAAACUAUCACUAGGUGUGACAAUUUUGCUCUCGCUGACGGUGUUUCUGAACAUGGUGGCGGAGACGAUGCCGGCGACAUCGGACGCUGUACCGCUACUGGGGACGUACUUCAACUGCAUUAUGUUCAUGGUCGCCUCGUCCGUCGUCUCCACCAUCCUCAUCCUCAACUACCACCAUCGGCACGCAGACACGCACGAAAUGAGCGACUGGAUACGUUGCGUUUUCUUAUACUGGCUGCCAUGGAUCCUUCGCAUGUCGCGGCCGGGCAACGCGGCGACUCCACCGCCGGCGCGGGCCCCCCCGCCGCCGGACCUGGAGUUGCGCGAGCGCUCUUCCAAGUCGCUCCUUGCUAACGUGCUCGACAUCGACGACGACUUCCGCCACGCGCAGUCGCAGCAGCCGCCCUGCUGCCGAUACUACAGGUCCCUCGACGAUCUACACGAACACUACUCGCCGAGCGGCGAAGAGAACGGUGCAGGAUUGGCUGCGCAUAGCUGCUUCGGUGUCGACUACGAGCUUUCGCUCAUACUCAAAGAGCUUCGAGUCAUCACAGAUCAGAUGCGCAAGGAUGACGAAGAUGCGGACAUUUCGCGCGACUGGAAGUUCGCCGCCAUGGUCGUGGACAGACUGUGCCUUAUUAUCUUUACCCUGUUCACAAUCAUCGCCACGCUAGCCGUGCUGCUGUCCGCGCCACACAUCAUGGUGUCGUAGCGACCCGCCCGCCUGCGGCUGCGCAUGCGCAUACAUAACGUUCUGUGAUACCGCGAAUACUUGUUAAGUUGUGAUGUGCGAAAUGGCGCGGGCGAUGAUGCCGCGGCCCUCGGGAGUUGCGGCCGCCUGCCUCGCCGUCCGCGCCCCCCUGUAGUUAUAAGUUACCGAUGACUGCCAUCCCUGUGCACUCAACCGAUAUGUACUGCCUAUCCAAUGUCUCCUUAAAACCUACGAGAUAUUCUUCAGACUCUUAACCUUUUUUCACUUCCAAUCUUCUUCGUAACGAAAGGAAUCCUGUUUGACCAACUAUCUCUAAAGAGUCUGUAAGCCCCUCGACAACGAUGAGUGGUUAUUAGUUGACGAUCUGUUUUAACUCGGACAGAGCAGUUUCGUGUGUUCCCGGGCCCCAAGACCUGUUUGUGGCAGCCAAAAGCUCCAGUGAAGCUUUAAAUCCACGCUAGAUUAGUGCAGUUUCAGAGGUCACUGUUAUUAUGACCAAAACAGAAAAUUUAGCACAAAAACGUCUUCCUUCAUACCGUUGAACGACCUGAUUCGCAUUUAAAAUUUAAACUUUGUUAGAUCUUUCUCGAUUCUUGAAAUCUAUUGUACAGUUUAGGGUUUGGGCUGUAAAGCAAAGGCCCUUUGUUUCCUUCUUGUUCGAUUCCGUGAAUCGUGGUUAUGAUCCCUAACUUUAUUUUCGGAUGUAUUGUGUCAGUAGCUAGUAUAGAACUUUACAAACAAUGUUGAAUUCAAUUGGUACAGGUUGUGAUAUGCCUCGUUGUGAACGGGUCGAUAUUGUUAUAAAUGGUAAAAUAUCCAUGGCUAUAGCUUAAUUAAACGUUCGUUAAAAGUUGUAGUUAAACAAAUUAUUAUUUUAAUAAAGUCAAACCCGAGUCUUUCGGAUGACUUAUACAAAUAAUAAAAUUACAUGAUAAUGUUCACAUUUGUACUUCUUUCCAUACAGUUACGGUUACUUAUAUGCUGAUAAAAUAUUAGCUUUACGCAAUUUUCUCCUUUGUCGAAAUCUUAAUUGUGAAUAUUAUCCCUUCGGGUGUACAUAUAAGACAAUUGAAUUCAUGCAAUUCGUCAUAGUAUUUGCAGCAAUAUCGUUAUUAAUUUUCACUUUUCUAUUAUUAAAAAAGUUUUAAAAUCAACUAUUGAGUUGAAGUUGAUUGUUAUAAAAAGGGCAUAAGAACGCGUUACUGCAACCUUGAUUGUGUAGACCGCUCAUCUGCAAUAUCCGGUGAUUUUCGUUUUAUUGGAUCUUUUUACGGAAUCCUUGUCAUUGUUAAAGAUCAUUUAACAUUUAUGUAUAUUUUUUUUGAAAACAUUGCAAACCUAUCAGACGUGAAACGUUGAAUCGAACGAGCGAUUGCGCGGAUACACAAACGGAGAAUGUACCCUCGCGACGCUCCUACCAUGUUUCUCAUCUCUCAGGUGGCAUACGAAUAAUUGUAGUCAGCCCUUUGGAAGUUGCGGCGUGGCUAUGAUUAUAUAUCAGUGUUUUCAAUGACCCGUUUGUUUAAUGUUGUUUAAUCUUGUCUCAUCGACCUCUCGAGUACGGUUGUGUGACGACCCAGGCGGAGAUGUCGCGUAUAUUUGCCGUUACGUCAUUACCUUUUUGCACAUUAUCAUGAGCUGAUAUUACAUUCUCUUCUUCCUGAUGGACGGCUUAUACGCGGCGUUCUCUCGUUGGCAAUAGGAUGACCUGUUGUCUCCAUAAUUUGUUCAA